AUGAAGCUCACAAUCUCUCUCACCUUUCUCCUCACCCUCGUCUCCGCACGCACGCUCACGCAGCAAAAGGCCCGCCGCAGCCCAACAACCCACAGAACACUCGGAAGGCGUGAGGUUCCGCAGGAACACUCGCACGAGAAGUUCCUCACACUCACCGGCGCCGCGCUCAACCUCGAUAAUCCCGACGAGAUUGCGGAUCCUGUGUUUGGGCUCUUGGGGAAUGCUGCGGCCAUAAAAGGUGCUGGCAAGAUCACGGAUGCCGACUGCCUCCAACAAGCCACUGCAGACCAAGCAUUCACCAAUGCAAAAGCCGCUGGCGCCGUCGACGGCAUGGUGGCAGCCCUCGUAUACCGAACCCUCGAGCGCAACACAGGUAGCGUCGGUCUCGCCAGUGUCCUCUGCACCAGCAUCACCCCCGUUAACCCCGAGAUCGCCGCAUUGACCCAACACCAAGACCCAGCCAGCGCCGGCGCGGCAGCAACAAACAAGGCCAUCGCUCUCGAACUCGCCGUCCAGAUUGACUCUGUAGGCGGCGACCCACAGGUCGCACUCCAGUCAGGCACAUUCGCCCCCGGCGAGAUUGGAGAUCCGACGGGUGCUGGAAACACCUGUGAUACCUUGGACGAUCCCGAGGGGUGCAUCUUUACUGAGAACCUACUAGUGGAAGACGCCACAGCCGCCGAGAUUGCGGCAGCUGUUGCGGCGGGGAGUGGGGCUGCUGCUGUGGGCGAGGAUGCUGCUGCUGGGAAUGGUACGGCGGUUGAUGCUGGUGCUGGUGCGGCGGCGGGUAAUGGGACGGAAGCAGCUGCGGGCGACGGUGCGGCUGCAGGAGAUGCGGCGGCGGCGGGGGAUGUAGAGGAGGUCUUGUCUGAGACGGACCUGGAUGCAAAUACGGUACUGAGGUUAACGAAGAUUACGAAGGCGGCUGCUGCUGCUGCUGAUGGUGCUGCUGCCGCUGAUGGUGCCGCUGCCGGGAAAGGAAAGAAGGUGAAGGCGAAGGGGAAGAAGAAUAAUAACAACUAG